UUCCGGAUUACAGUGAUUCAACUCUCAUUGUUUUGAAUUAUGCUGAUGCCACAAUAAAACAUUGAGGAAAACAUUAGAAAAUGGAAAAACUGCAAGUGCAGCAGUCUUUGAAAAAUUGCAACUGCAGAAGUCAGAAGCGAAAAAUCUAAUAAAAUUAUUGCAAUAUGGUUACUCCACAAGAGAACAUUUCCCCGAAACUUCCUGAAGGAUUACGGAAAAAUAUGGAAAAGUUUCAGGCUAGAAACGGUUUACCUGUUUUCUUGAAAGGUGGACCUUUUGAUAAGAUAUUAUUUGGAACGACAGUUUUCUUAUGUGGCGUUGGACUGCUGAUGAGUGCUGAAUUCAUCUACUCAUUAUCUAAAAAGAAGUGAAUUUCUAAUGCAUGAUCAAAUGUUAAAUAACGAUUAUGGAAAAUAUAAUAAAAUCUCAAUUAGUGUAAUGACAAUUAAGAUUAUUGGUUUGAAUCAAUUAAAAGGAUUUGAUUAUUUCGUUCUCUGAAAGUGUAGAAAAUUUAUUCCUAUGAGAGUUAAUGAAUAUCUCAAAGAAUCUCUGUUGUUAAAAUAAUAAUGCUGUAAUAGAAGCAAUGACGCUUAUAGUUUCCAAUAAAUAACUGUAAUCAACAUGAAAUCUCAUC